GCCCACCCCGUAAAGGCCGGGUCCCGGAGGGUGCCGCCCGGGUGUUGUGGAGACGAGACCGCGCACCGAGGGACCGAGCUGCGGCAGCGAUGGCCCUCCUCCGAGGUGUGUUUGUUGUUGCUGCUAAACGCACACCAUUUGGGGCUUAUGGCGGACUUCUGAAAGACUUCACUGCUACUGACUUAACUGAAUUUGCUGCCAAGGCUGCUCUGGCUGCUGGCAAAGUCCCACCUGAAACCAUCGACAGUGUCAUUGUGGGCAAUGUCAUACAGAGCUCUUCGGAUGCCGCAUACUUGGCAAGACACGUUGGUUUGCGAGUGGGAGUCCCAACAGAGGUCUCUGCCCUGACUCUCAACAGGCUCUGUGGCUCUGGGUUCCAGUCCGUUGUGAGUGGGUGUCAGGAGAUUUGUGUUAAAGAUGCAGAAGUUGUCUUAUGCGGAGGAACGGAGAGCAUGAGCCAAUCACCCUACUGCGUGCGAAACGUGCGUUUUGGAACCAAGUUGGGACUAGAUCUCAAGCUAGAAGACACUUUGUGGGCAGGACUGACAGACCAGCAUAUUAAGCUCCCCAUGGGACUCACAGCAGAGAACCUUGCUGCACAACAUAAAAUCAGCAGAGAAGACUGUGACAGAUACGCCCUGCAGUCACAGCAGAGAUGGAAGGCUGCAAACGAUGCUGGCUACUUUAAUGAGGAAAUGGCACCAAUUGAAGUGAAGACCCGGAAGGGAAAACAAACAAUGCAAAUGGAUGAGCACCCCCGGCCCCAGACAACCCUGGAGCAGUUACAGAAACUUCCUAACGUUUUCAAGAAGGAAGGAACGGUCACAGCAGGGAAUGCAUCGGGAGUAUCAGACGGUGCUGGAGCUAUCAUCAUAGCUAGCGAAGAUGCUGUUAAAAAACACAACUUUACACCACUGGCAAGAGUUGUGAGCUACUUUGUGUCUGGCUGUGAUCCUACUAUCAUGGGUAUUGGUCCAGUCCCUGCUAUCAAUGGGGCCCUGAAGAAAGCUGGCCUGAGUCUUAAGGACAUGGAUUUGAUAGAGGUGAAUGAAGCUUUUGCUCCCCAGUACUUGGCUGUUCAGAAGAGCCUGGACCUUGACCCAAGCAAAAGCAACGUGAAUGGCGGAGCCAUUGCCUUGGGUCACCCAUUGGGAGGAUCAGGAUCAAGAAUCACUGCACAUCUGGUCCACGAAUUAAGGCGCCGCGGCGGGAAGUAUGCAGUGGGAUCAGCCUGCAUUGGAGGCGGUCAGGGCAUCGCCCUCAUCAUUCAGAACACAGCCUGAUGAGCCCUGGGAGCCCAGCGCCCGCCUCCUAGCCAGCCAGGCCACAGGACAGCAGGUGGCCUGCAGAGCAGCUGCCACUCUGCCACACCCAGCCGCUGAAUGAGGCCCGAGUGCAAGACCUUGCGGGAGCUCCUGCUGUAGGCAGUAGGCGCUCCUGAAUCUGCCCAGUCUAAUACGACAUGAUCCUGAACUAAAGCUCAACAGUCCAAGGCCUUAAAGGAAGCCCGUCCUUGCCAAAUAACUACUGUGCACACCUUAGAUAAUAGGAUUAUGAGGAUACUGAAUAAAUGUUGCCUUAACUUUA